GCCUCCCCCGCUUCCCCUCGGCGGCCGUGGCCGGGGCCCUCGCAGCGCGCCCUGCGCCCGGCGGCCGCUCCGGGGUUGGGGAAACGACGGCAAAGCGCGUUUUCCUCACGGGUGCGGGCUGCGAGGCAGCGGGAACACGUGUGGAGUUAGAAGAGAGCCAACUCGACUUGUAAGAAAAACGCGAAUGAAGGGCUGGUGUGCAUUGUGUCGCCGCCUUAACGACGUUAAUGCCACAGUUGUCGGUUCCGCGUUAAUGUACAGCUCGGGAGGCUUUUGGUAAACUCAAAUUUAUGGCUGUAUCUCCUGUGGAAAGUUACUUUAACUGCUGAAAAUUUGAUUGUAGCAGGCUGAUGUGCUGCCAGCUAAAUGGCCUUAAAAUGGCAGAUGAGCCUAUGGAGGAAGGUGAACCAUAUUCCUACCAUGAUGAAGGAAGUGUGAAAGAAAUUCCUAUUACACACCAUGUGAAAGAAGGAUGUGAGAAAGCAGAUCCAGCACAAUUUGAACUACUUAAGGUUCUUGGACAGGGAUCAUUUGGAAAGGUUUUCCUCGUACGGAAAAUAAUUGGUCCUGAUGCUGGGCAACUUUAUGCAAUGAAAGUAUUGAAAAAAGCUUCUUUAAAAGUUCGGGAUCGAGUUCGUACAAAAAUGGAGAGAGAUAUAUUAGUAGAAGUAAAUCAUCCAUUUAUUGUCAAACUGCACUAUGCCUUUCAGACUGAAGGGAAGCUAUAUUUAAUAUUGGAUUUUCUCAGGGGAGGAGAUGUAUUCACACGAUUAUCCAAAGAGGUUAUGUUUACAGAGGAAGAUGUGAAAUUCUACCUCGCAGAACUGGCCCUUGCUUUGGAUCACCUUCACAGCUUGGGAAUUGUGUACAGGGACCUGAAGCCAGAAAACAUUUUGCUUGAUGAAGCAGGACAUAUCAAGUUAACAGACUUUGGACUCAGCAAAGAAUCAGUAGAUCAAGAGAAGAAGGCCUAUUCUUUCUGUGGUACUGUAGAAUACAUGGCACCUGAAGUAGUAAACAGGCGAGGGCACAACCAGAGUGCUGACUGGUGGUCUUUUGGUGUUCUCAUGUUUGAAAUGCUUACUGGUACACUACCAUUUCAAGGUAAAGAUCGAAAUGAAACUAUGAAUAUGAUCCUGAAAGCAAAACUUGGAAUGCCUCAGUUCCUCAGCCCUGAAGCACAGAGUCUUCUGAGGAUGUUGUUUAAAAGAAACCCAUCAAAUAGAUUAGGAGCUGGUUCAGAUGGAGUUGAAGAAAUCAAGAGGCAUCCUUUUUUUUCUACUGUUGACUGGAAUAAACUGUUCCGAAGAGAAAUUCAACCCCCAUUUAAACCUGCUUCUGGAAAGCCAGAAGAUACCUUUUGUUUUGAUCCAGAAUUCACAGCAAAAACACCAAAAGAUUCCCCAGGAGUCCCGCCGAGUGCCAACGCACAUCAGCUCUUCAAAGGAUUUAGUUUCGUUGCAACUACUACUGUAGAAGAUCAUAAAAUAUCACCACUCACCAAUAUACUGCCAAUAGUACAGCAACUUCAUGGGAGCACUGCACAGUUUACUGAUGUAUAUGAACUGAAGGAAGAUAUUGGUGUUGGUUCCUACUCUGUUUGCAAGCGAUGCAUACACAUAGCUACAAAUAUGGAGUUUGCUGUAAAGAUAAUUGAUAAAAGCAAGAGGGAUCCCUCAGAAGAAAUCGAGAUUCUCAUGCGUUAUGGACAGCAUCCAAAUAUUAUUACUUUAAAGGAUGUGUAUGAUGAUGGUAGAUUCAUAUACCUUGUCACUGAACUGAUGAAAGGAGGAGAGCUGCUUGAUCGAAUUCUCAGACAGAAGUUCUUCUCGGAACGAGAGGCCAGUGCUGUAUUGUACACUAUAACAAAGACUGUGGACUACCUGCACUGCCAAGGAGUAGUGCAUCGAGACCUUAAACCGAGUAAUAUUUUAUAUACAGAUGAUUCAAAUAAUGCUGAUUCUAUCAGGAUUUGUGAUUUUGGAUUUGCAAAACAGCUUCGGGGAGAAAAUGGAUUACUUCUAACUCCGUGCUAUACUGCAAACUUUGUGGCACCAGAGGUUCUUAUGAGACAGGGAUAUGAUGCUGCUUGUGACAUAUGGAGCUUGGGUGUUCUUCUUUACACAAUGUUGGCAGGCUACACUCCAUUUGCCAACGGUCCUAAUGACACUCCAGAGGAGAUCCUGGUACGGAUAGGCAGCGGAAAAUUCUCCUUAAGUGGCGGCAACUGGGACACUGUUUCAGAUGCAGCAAAGGACUUAUUAUCACACAUGCUUCAUGUGGAUCCACAUCAGCGAUACACAGCAGAGCAAGUACUAAAACAUUCGUGGAUAGCCUGCAGGGACCAGUUGCCACAUUAUCAACUAAACAGACAAGAUGCACCACAUCUAGUAAAGGGAGCCAUGGCUGCUACAUAUUCUGCACUGAAUCACAAGACAUUUCAGCCAGUGUUAGAGCCUGUUGCAGCCUCAAGUUUAGCUCAGCGACGGAGCAUGAAAAAGCUAACAUCAACAGACUUAUAGAUCCACUGGGACACCUUAGCAAACAGAAGCAAGGGGAAGAUCCAAUAAGUGGCUCUAUUUUGCCUGACCUGUGAUCAAAAGGCAUCUAUGGUUUCCUGCUACACUACUUGAAUUCUGUAAAAGUCCUUUUUUUAAAAAGAAAAAGAAAAAUCCACAGGUUCAUACCGUGUUGUUUUACGGGCCGUAUCUGUUAAAUUAAUUUCAACAUCACAUGCACCAUAAUGAAUUUUUCAACCCUGUCCUUUAACAGAUCUGUUGCAAAUAUUAUUUCACAUUCUGUAUAGUUUUGCUGGGUUCAUUUAAAAAAUGGUUUAGGGGACCGUUGCCAGUGACCAAGUUGUACAUAAAGUGUCAGUGUAAGUUCUUUUCUUCACACUUUUAGACCCUAUUGUGAAGAACACAUUCUUAAUUUUGUAAUUGGGCACUUAAUUCAUUCAACUUAACAGUUCUGAACAAGUUAAAUGAAUUAUGGAGAGCUGACUAGUGUAUUGUGUCAGUGUUAAAUGCGUUAGUGUUAAUUUGGAAGGUCUGUGUUUGCAUGGUGCCAGUAACUGAUACCUUUUAUGUGACAAUAGAAACAAAAGGGAUGUGUAAGAUUCUGCACUUUAACCAUAAACUUACUUUGAUCACCUGUGACCCAAAAGUGCUUGUUAACAAAUGGCCUCUUACAGGGAAUUGAACACUUCAUUUGCUACCACGAAGAAUAUUGUGUCCUGCACUGAGCUGGAGAAAGUAAGCAUGUAUAUAAACUGUCAGAAUUAAGGGUCUCUAUCGUAACAUUGGUACCACUUUAAGGCCAACAUCAUGCAGUCCAAUACUUUUUGUUAUUUAUAUUGCCUAUCCUUUAGUACAAAGACAAUGUUGUUGUUUCCUCAGCAGUUGUUUCCACUGAACAUACUCAAUAUGGUUUGUUUGGCAUAUAAGACAAGCUGACACUUUAUAAUAACAAACUUGGCACAUGGAUUUUAUUUUCUAUUUAUUUGAUUUUUAUAGAAUGUUGCUUCUAUCUGAAUCUCGCCGCGUGUACAAAUGUUACAGAACAGAAAUGCAAAAUUCUAUCUGCCUAACUGUAGGGGUAGCUUGGGAAAAUAAGUCUUGCAGUGUGCCCAGGUAAGGCAAUUCUGACCAAGAAAAUUCACAGUUACAAACAAAUCACUGAUGAAAUCCUGUUGCCAGCACUAGCUCGCCCUUUCUGUCUUGGUGUUAGGACUCUUUCUAAAUGCUGUGAUGGAGAAAGAAGUUCAUUUCAGGACCAGAAUUACCUUGGGGAUUUCUGACUCAAAACCAGUGCUAACUUGCUAGUAAACUGGGAAUUAAUGCAUUCAGAGAGGAUGAGCUUAAAAAUGUUUUUGAAGGUUGUAGACACUGUUGUGCAAUUGUACUGUCAUAGUAGGAUGAUACACAUUUCAAACACUGAAAAUGUUAGUGAUCAAUGGUUAGAUGGUGAAAAAGAAUCCAAGUGACCAAAAAGUAAAUGUACUUCGUGCUGAUUUGCCAUCAUGGAAUUUGCUGUUCCAGAUACCUUUGGUAGCCAGUUACAGGACACAAGGUGAUGACAAAACUUGUCAUUUUGAGACAAGAAAAAAGCUUUCAGGAGAAUUCUGGCCCACUUGCCAAGAGUAGCAGUAGUAACUCUGAUCUUAAAAGGCAGAGGAUGCUGGCUGGUUUGCUUGUACCUGUGAAGUACUUGGUGGCACUGGCAGUACUAUUAGAUAAGCUGCUUUCUUUUGUUGUGGUGGGGGAAGAUGGAAGUUAUCUGGCCAAAUAGUUAGGUAUGAGUACUAUGUAGAUUUGAGACUUAAUGAAUAUAGCAAACAUAGGUGUGCUAUUUGUAUCAUGCAGAACAUACCCCAUAUGAAAUUUCUUGAGUGUUUGAUAGGUGUUGGAAGCUUUAGGGGCCAUUAGUGCCUAGUAUUGAGGUGCCUGUUUGAAAUGCUUGAAAGCUCAUCAAAAAACACAACUGCUUCCUGGAAAGCUUAUUGUAUAGUACAAAAUCUGCCCCUGAUUCAGCUGAGUCAUCCUUCUUUCCAUUACUGAAGACCUUUGCCAGCAAGAAUGCCUGUAAACCUCUUGUCUACAGCCUCUCAGUAUAUUUUUUUUUUUUUUAAUUUACAAAUGACUGCCAGAAGAAUUUGAAUUCAAAGAAAAAAAAAAAAGAACAAAACAACCAGCCAAACUGGUGGAAAUAAAACCCCCUUAGCCAAGGUCAAGGUAUAAUGUGGAUUGAAACAUAACAGUAAAAACUGUAAUGCAAAGUGUAGAACAUAAAUGUCAAACUUGAAUUGUCUUUAGCUUUCCUGUAAGGUAGCAGCUGGUCUUCAACAGCUUUUUUUCAUAAAUCAUUUAGUAGUGUUUAUAUUGGUAUUUUCUUUUAGCUUGCUUAGAAGCACCACAUUAUAAGCACCUUAAAAGCAUUUUGCACAAAAGCAGAUGUAAGCAGUUGAAGGUACUUAAGUUCUUGGUGUGCAGCACAAAGGUGGUAAGAGGAAAGUACACAAACAAGAUGGAUACUGUGAUUCUUAGCAAAGAAUUUAAAAUAUCAUCUAUAAAAUUAUCACUGCUGGGUUUAUGUUGUUACUAGCCUUUAGUACAAGUUGGUACCCUUGGGAUAAAAGCAAGGAUUCAAUGACCACAUUACAAACUUGCCUUACCAUGAGGAAAACAUAUGGACUAGCACCUUUGUUAUAUCUGACAGGCCAGUGCACCCUGGUAUGCCCAUUUUCAUCCUUAAUUGAAGGGAGAUGGAAGUUCACUUGCUAUGAAUAUUUCAGUGUAUCAGUCGGAAGCAUUUUGGAUAUGCAGGGAUACAAAACAGUUCACUUGCAAUUUACUCUCACUAGAUUGUAUUCAAUGAUUGUCGUCUUUGUGAUACUUCUUUUGGAAUUUCUUGCAUACUGUUUUUUUCCAACUAAGGUUUUGUUGAGUGAAGUGGUUACAGGAAAGCAGCGUGGUCUGCUUGAGACUAAGCAGCUACGUCUGAAAUGGAACAACACAAUUUGAACAUGCUCUUGUCUGGAGUGAAAAGUCAGUGUAAAUGGCUUCACUUUCAUAUCCUCUCUGCACAGUUUAGGAUUGCAAACUAGUUACAGUCCUACUAUCUUACUACUAAGUAAAUCGGUAAAAGUGACAUUUUUACAAAGGCUUGUAAUUGCAAAGAAAUAGGCAUACAUACUACAUAUUUAGAGGAAUUUCCAGGCAACUAAUCAAUAUCUGAAGUGAUAGAAUAUUUUGGAUAGGACCUCUGUUACUGCCAGCAAAAUAGCUUCUACUCUGAUGUUUGGUAAUGGCAAUUAUAAGUAAGUGCUAAUUCUCAAGUGCGUGUAGAGCCUGGUACAUUCUCACUACAGAGAAGGUUCCCACAGACCUCUAGCUAUAGCUGGAGCAAGCUCAUGACAUGCUUUGCUGUUCUUUCACCCCUGGGAUACCGCAGUUUCUAUCUCCAGUUUUUCUUUUGAUAAAAUGUGAGGAACUCUAUUGUAUUUCUGUUAUGUAUCCAAAACUAUGCAAUGGCAUCAAUAUCAGCCAGCAGUGCACAACAAAGAGUGCCCACCCCCAUGAGCAUCGCUGUGGGUGGAUGCAUUUGAGACACUCUUGUGGCUCAUGUAGUCUCAGUGCUGCUGUUAGCAUGUUGUGCGAUCUGGAGGCUUUUUCAUUAUUAUUAUUAAAACCAGUAAAUUGUCAUACUGUCCAUUUGAGGCCUAUGUUAGAGUAUGGUUUAAGUGUUCUCCUUGCAUCUGGAGAAUGCAUCCAAAACCUCACACAAGUCAGUCAUACUCAGCUUGAUUUCUGUCUUCUGUGUUUUAAAUUCACUUUCCAAAGCUAAUCUUCAUGUGUCCAGUAGUUAAAUUUACUUCUAGCAAACUUCAGCAAUUGGAAGUUACUUGCAGUACACUUAUCAACUGGCCACGUGCAGUGACAUAUGGCUGCAGCCAGUACUCAGCAUUCUGCCCUCAAAUGUUACAGUUAAGAAGUUGAGAUAGCUUGUAAGAAUUGUUGGAUGAAUUACACGAUAGUGUAGUAUUCCCUGGUUUGUAUCAAUUAAAUUAUGCUAAAACAUCAUUGCAAACAUGGGGGUUUAAGUACUUUUGUAGCACUUAAGUUUUUUUCAGUCGUAUCUGGAAUUAGAAGUUUGCAAACAUUUAUGGGAGGGAAGGGAGGAGGUUUUAAUUUAUCCCAUCCCAUCCUCCACUGACACCCCGUUACUUAUGUACAUUCUGAAUGCUGUUUGUCCCUACUUCAGUGUAUUUGUUAAAUGUCUGCUACCCCAAAUCAUGUUGUUUGAUGAGCCUACACUUUCAUUUGGGAACAAGAGAAUGACUAUAGGUUUGUUAAAAACCCCACCCUUAGCAUAUAGCUAAAGCUGGCUUGAGUGGUAUAAUAACUUAUGUAAUUAGAAGUUGUCCUCCUCCACAUAAUCUGUGACUUUUCUUGAGAUUUUUUUCCUAUGUAAUGAAAGCGAAAUUUCUGAAAGCUUUAAAAGAUAUUUAGUUGGUUAUGUCUCUAACAAUUCAGAUUUGGGCAAUAGCACCACUCGUGAGUCUGAGUAACAUCAAAUCCUGUUUUGGAGGUGCUUUGUGUGUGGACUGAGAAGAUGCUUGAGGUGGAUUUCCUUUGGAGGACUAAGUGUUCCUAUUUGUGUGUGUUUUUCAUUAGGCUUAUGAGCAGCGUUUGCUAAGUAACUGCAUUGUCAUAACAGCCCAAGCACUUUGGCAUCUUGCACUGAUAACUCUGAUCAGAGCUAAAACUCCUUUGGCACGAGACUGGCUACAAAUCUCAAGAUACGAAAGGGCAUUAAUUGAAGACGGUGUGCAAUGACUUACAUGCUCUCUGAGGUACUUCAAAGAGGAAACUAUACAAAAGGUCCCCGUUAUCAGAUAUUGUAACUGUCAUUUCUUUCUCUAAGCAUAUUGUGGAUUUUGUAUCAUAUUGUAUUUAUUUCAUUUAAUUUUAAAAGAAAUGUUUUCUUUAAAGCUCUGUAUAUAUUGACAUUAAAGUUUGCAUUGUACUACGUUCUCCUUGUAAGGCUGAAUCUAGUAGUGCAUUGUAUGGUAUGUUGUUUUUCUUUGCACUGUGCUGCUAAAAGAUACUAUUGCCUUGAAUUACGACAUGCCAAAGACAACUUCAAAAUUGUAUUUAUUUUUGUUAAACUUUGUGAAUAAUGAUAAAAGUACAGUUUUAAAUAGCUGGCAGUUCCUUGAGUACUAGAAUAAAAAGGUUGCAAAUCCAUAAUAUUUU